AAAGGCGCCGGGCGGGCGGUGCGCAGCAGGCGGGCAGUGGGCGCUGCGCGUGGAGGGAGCCGGGGCCGGAGCGCGCAAGAUGUCCGUGAGCCAGCAGCAGUCGGGAAGAGGUGUGCCUUGCUUACGCUGCAGAGGGACGUGCAUGGGCUUCGAGCCGCAUUCUUGGAGGAAAAUAUGCAAGUCAUGCAAAUGCAGCCAGGAGGAUCACAGCCUGAGCUCCGACGUGGAGGAUGACCGGAAAAUUGGCCGCCUGCUGACGGAUUCAAAGUACGCCACGCUCACUGCCCGGGUGAAAGGCGGGGACGGCGUUCGCAUUUACAAAAGGAACCGCAUGAUCAUCACCAACCCCAUCGUGUCGCGGAAGGACCCCACCUUCGACACCAUCACGUAUGAGUGGGCUCCGCCGGGGCUCACCCAGAAGCUGGCCAUGCAGUACAUGGAGCUGCUCCCCAAGGACAUGCAGCCGGUGGCGGGCACCGACGGGGCCUACCACCGCCGGCGGCAGCUGAUGAGGCAGCUCCCGGUGUACGACCACGACCCGUCCCAGUGCCGCGGCCUGGCCGAGGGCGAGGUGAAGCUGAUGGAAGACUUCGUGAAGAAGUACAAGGCCGAGGCGCUGGGCGUCGGGGAGGUGGCGCUGCCAGGCCAGGGCGGCAGCGGGAAGGAGGAGGGGAAGGCGCAGGACACGGGCUCAGCAGCCGGCAAGACCCCCGAGACCACCAAUGGGGCCCUGGAGAGCACGCCCGCGGCAGGGCUCUAUCACUGCGAGGCCUGCAAGCAGGCGGUGCCGGCGGACUGCCCCGUGGUGUACGCGGACCGGGCCGGCUACACGCGGCAGUGGCACCCGGCCUGCUUCGUCUGCUGCCAGUGCGCCGAGCCGCUCGUCGACCUCAUCUACUUCUGGAAGAGCGGGGCCGCCUGGUGCGGGCGCCACUACUGCGAGAGCCUGCGGCCGCGCUGCGCUGGCUGCGACGAGAUCAUCUUCUCGGAGGACUACCAGCAGGCCGAAGGGAUGGCCUGGCACAAGAAGCACUUCACCUGCCUGGAGUGCGAGACGCUGCUGACCGGCAAGGCCUUCAGCCUGGACAAGGGCAGCCUGCGGUGCGCGACCUGCAGCAGGAGCAAGCGCCUCUGAGCGGGGUGCGGCUGCGGCAGGCGCUCGAGGCCGAGACGGAGUCGGGGUGAUUUGACAAGAACGUGAAAAGUGGACAGUAAAACAAAAAAAAAAAAAUAGAGCCUGGCUAUUCACUUUGCAGCUAAGUACCCCCUUGCAUCCAACACAGUUCUGAAGGAGGAAAUUCCCCAAGGGAAGAAACAAAGGAAAUCUGAAUGCCUGUGGGGUGGGAGGAACCGGUGUAUCUUAUAGGAGGGGACUGGAAAGGAGGGUUCUGUGUUGGUUUACAAAGUCUCUCAAAGCUUCUCAUGACUAAGAUCUUGCAAUGUUGUUUUAGAAAUAACACAUCUCAAAAAUAAUUUUUGGCACACUAAACCUAUGGUCAUGGUUAAAAACAAGGGUUGCUUUUAUUUUUGAAGUCCAUACUGGAAGUUUUACACUAACAGAACGCUGACAACUGUACUAAAUCAAUGGUUUUGAGCAACUCGAUUAACCCGAGUGAUUACUUUCUGAAAGUGAAUGAUAUUGAAUUGCAGCAAUGCAUAGCUGUAGCUUUCUCCAACGUGUACAAUAAUGUAAAAAUAGGUAACGAGGUGGUGCACAGAGUGAUCGGUUUAACCUUACUGAGAAGGGAACUGUGCAGACCUCCCCAAGGGCAGGAGGUGCUGGGCAGCCAACUAAUUCAACUGGUCUGGGUUUUAGCCAUGGAGCUGGAAUGCAAACAUUCCUGGCAGUUCUCGCCCAAACCCUGUUCCCAGUUUUAUCUCGCUUGCCUCCUACUGUCUGUUAUUUCAAGUGAGUGUUUGCACAGAGAGGCAUUGUGCUCCCACCGGUCACUGGAGGUAGUUAAGCAUUUAAAGUAUGGAACUUUUUCAGCUGCUUUUUGAGCAGGAGUUUUAUGGAAAACAGCUUUCCAGCUUAAGCUAUCUUAGUUUUUUUUUGUGUGUCUGAAAUGCUGCAAUGUCAGUUUUUUUCCCUUUAGUAAGUCAAUGACCCUCUCCAAGAAAUAGGGACAUGCAGUCUCCUUUGGAAGCCUGCAGCAUCCGUGUCCUGCACGGUGGCACAACUGCCCCAGACCCCGGUCCUCGUGGUGCAGUUCUCCAGACCCGAGUGAGGUCAGCAUCGUGCGUCAGGUCCUGUGGGAGGACAUUGUCCCAAGAUCUGCACUGCAUCUCUGCUGGUGGUGUUUGUUCCCUCCAUCGUGCAAGGCUUCUGUUAGUCACAGAAAACGUCAGAUAGUCCAGGCUGGCAGAUGUCUGUGUGCUCGGUCUUUUGUCUUAUACUAAAUGUCUACAUUAUUUGCCAGGAAAAACUGGAAUAUUUUUUGCAGAGAUAAGCGUAUAAGGAGCUCACCAUUGCUAGGUUUUCAUUCCACUGCAGAAAAUGCUGGUUUCUCUCCUUGAAACCCACUCCAUGCUGUGGAUCUCUGCUUGCUUAUCUUUGAGUAACUUGCAAAUGAGCUUUGGUGGAAGCUGUACCUGCUGCUGCAUGUGCGUCACGGACCAGGCUCUGCCCCUCUGCCGUGUGCAGGGGGACGCCCAGCUCCCCAGGUGCGAGGAGCAGGCAGUGUCGGUCAGUCACUCUUUCAUUGCAGGUGAGGCAGAUGUGGCGUAAGAUGCAUCUGUGUGUUUGCGAGGGGGUGGUGUCUAACGCUUUUUCCACCCCUGUGCUUUUGUGUGGUUGAUUUUCCUGAAAACAUCAGGUUGUUUAAGAAGAGUGCAUAAAACCCUACCUGCAGAGCUGGAGCAGAGCGUGAAAAUCCCAAGGCGGCAGUGACAGCCAUAGCUGUGGAGCGAGGGAUGCGCGCCGCAGUGUUCUGCCAUGUGCGUGCUCCUGGAGUCCCUGCGCCACUUUGUCCACCCGACGGAUCCCAGGCCCUUUGGUGGGUACACUGGGUGUGGGGGAUUGCUUCUGUCUGCUCAGGAGGGUGCUGGAAGCCAACAGGGGACGUGUAGAUGUAAAGGUUUUAAGUUUUGUUAGGAAUAAUAAAGCGCCCUUGGAACAGCCUUAGAUACAGGCACUUUGGUUACAAGCAAAAUGGGACUGAAAAAUAAAACCCAGUGCUUAGCUUUAUUGCCUCUUCUUUUUUUUGUUACAAUGGGAAUGUUCAAUCUUUGUAAAUUAUUUUUAAAGGCACAGCAUAGUUCCAAACCCUACAAUGUUAAGGUGGCCAAAAAUGCAUACAGUCAGUGUAAGCAGUGGGAGAAAUAGCAUGAAUCACUUAGGAAACGUUUCAGCAAAGACCUGAGCAUCCAAACAACAUUCCUUGAUGGGAAGUCAUUGUCCAUUUGUGCACGCAGCUGGUUACCUCCAGAGUGAUUUGCCUGUGAGGUAGGUGCACGGCAUUACCCACACUCAAAAAAACAGGAGUGCAAGAAAAACCAAUAAAACUUUGACUUUUUAAAAAUGAAAGACAGUUAACUGGAUAACUGCUGCCCACAGGCCACUGCCACCUCUUGCUGGGUGUUUUGCUUUGUUUUGCCGUGAUUGGUCACACUGUCCCUGCCGUGUGCUUGUGCUGAAAUGAACGGGGAGGAGGGUGAGCCCCAGCAGGGUGUUUCUUCAGUGCCAGUGUCUGAUUGGGGAGCUCAAAGUCCCCCCCAAGAGCCACCUCACCCUUGUAUUGAAGCCGGGGCUGGUGUCGGGGUGUGCGCCGGGCAGGGUGGCCCAGAAGAAGCUGGAAGGGGUGGUUAGGCCUUGUCCCUGGGUUGGGGGACGCUCGUCUGGGCCCCUCCUGGAUGUGGAAGGAAAAGAAGGGCUUUGAGCAUCAGUCGCUCAAACCAUGUGGACAGGACCCUCCGCACCUGGUAGCACCAACUUUGUAUGCGGCCUGUCUGUGUUAAUGCAGUCCUCGUCUCUAAUGGCUUUAUUUGGCUAUGUGGAAAAAAGAUACCCCUGUAGCGUGUUCUGGUUUGGGUUUUGAUUUUGUAAUAUAUGAAUUGUAAUUCUUCUCCUCUGAAGUCCCUCUUUCAGCAUACAGAUACUUGCUUCAGGCUUUUUGGAUUGCUGGCGUCCACCCGAGCCUUUUAGGUAUUCCUAUAGCUUGUAAAAUACUGUCUGCUGAAAAAUGUACUGCAGUUAAACAGCUUAACAAAAUCCUGUGCCUCUCAAGUGUCAGGAGCAAAAGCGUGAAAUUAAUGCAUCUAACAGCUCAAACCAUAUGUGAGCCUUUAGUUUCAAUAUUAAAAUUGAAAUUCGGUGCAAGCAUGAGAAGACAUUCACCCCAAGCGAAGACGCUGCCUUGUUCCACUGGGGUUUAUCGCCUGGAACGAAGGAGGCUGCUGCAGCGCCUUCUGUGUGCCACGAGCUCCAGCUACCAAGAAAGCUGAAUUUGUGUGGGUUUGCUGCUCUGUCUAACCGAGAGUCACCAGCAAGCAACAUACAGAGGAUCCUCCCAAAAUUAAUAGAAGUGGAGGUGUCUCACAGGGUUACUUGGUGUGACGGGAAUCGCCUGUGGGCAGACUGUGCUGUGUGACUGUUGAAAUGCAUCCUGUACCACAGCUGUUCCCGGCCCUUUGUUUCAAAUGAAAGCUCCUCUAUCGAGAACGCUGUGCGGCGUUGGCUGCCGGUGUGGCAGGCAGUAGGCGCAGGGUGCUUCGAGACGCCAGCUGAAAAUGUCACCGCACAGUGCACCAAAAUGCUGGGCAGUUAACAUUAUUUAAUGUUAUUUCCUGUCCAGUGUGCAGCAAGUCUCUGACAGAGGGGGCUGUCGGCGAGCCCCUCUGCUUACGGAGCUCGGCGGCAUCUUGCUAAGGCCUGAUGUGCCUGCACCUCCACGGCGGUGCUAGGUGCCCUGCAGAGGUCUCAGCUCACUGCAUUGCCAGCAGCACCGGGGUUCUGAACAAACGAGAGUCUCUUCUCAUCAGACAAGCAGGCAGCAGGACUGGGCAGGCCACCUCGGGCACCCCCAGGGUGCUUGGACCACGCCAUCGGGAACGGGCAUCUCUGAGGCCAGCGGGACAGCGGGAGGCUGAGCCGUGGUAGUGCCAACCGAAGCUCAGGCAAAGCAUCUCGUCUGGCUGUGGGUGGGCACCUGGGAGCACCUCGUAAGGUACCUGUUCCUUUGUGCCCAGGAUGCUGCUUGGGGGUGACUUUCAGAGCGGCUUUGGUCAGAAAGGCAUUCCCAGCCUCUGCAUCUGUGCCUACUGCUUCUGUUCCUAUGUUCCUAACCAUGGAAACAUUUCUAAGACUUUAUAAAAUAAAUUGUUUCUCAAUA